AUGGUUACUUACAACACUAUGAUUCAUGGGUUUUGUAAGAAGGGUGAUUUGUAUACUGCAAGGCGAGUUUUGGAUCGAAUGAAGGAUAGUAAGGAUUGCUUGCCCAGUACGGUAACUUAUACAACUUUGAUUGAUGGGUACUGUAAGAAAGGCGAGUUGGAAGAGGCGAUGAAGUGCAUGAGUGAAAUGAAUAAGCAGGGUUGUUUGCCUGGUUUGUUUACUUACAAUGCUCUGAUUCGUGGAUCUUUUAACAAGGGUGAUAUUAAGAAUGCCCAGAAGGUGUUUGAUGAAAUGACUUGCAAGCGGGAUAUAAUUACUUACAAUACUAUGAUUCAUGGGUUUUGUAACAAUGGUGAUAACUAUGCGCAGAAGGUGUUUGAUGAAAUGACUUGCAAGCGGGAUAUAAUUACUUACAAUACUAUGAUUCAUGGGUUUUGUAAGAAUGGUGAUAACUAUGCGCAGAAGGUGUUUGAUGAAAUGACUUGCAACCGGAAUAUGAUUACUUAUAAUACUAUGAUUCAUGGGUUGGUUAAGAAGGGUGAUUUGGAUACUGCAAGGCGUUUUGGAUUGAAUGAAGGAUAG